GCCCGUUGAGUCAAAACCACUGUUAAACCCUUCGCGAUCAGCGAUCUCGACAGUCAGACAUUCUUCCAGUGGCGAGAUAAUGGCGAGAAUGGGGCCGCUAUUUAAGGCAAAGAAAGAAACUGCUGCAUUUGUCGACCGGCGUUGAAGUUUGCCGAUGGUCUAUAGUGGGACAGUUUGAUGAGCAGAUGAAGCAUCGGCAGAGAACGGUUCAGGUGGCAGUUUCAAGGAGACUGCUGUGAUGCUACGUAGGCAACUGGAAGAAAAGCGCUUUUCUACUAUGAGAGAGUGUGUGUGAGCCCGGUUUUUCUUGAGCCAUAGGAGCCCAACUACCUAUCUGUUUUUUGUUGUUUUAUUCAAUUUUUUUAAAUUUUUUUUUGUUAAUGGUUAUUUUUUAAGACGCGCUGACUUAGGAUACAGCGAGGAUACACAGUGUGCUGGUGAAGUUUUGGGGAAUGGCAGGUCGAAGCCGAAGAGCAUGGUUUAGUGUUCUGUUGGGACUGGUUGUCGGGUUCACUCUGGCUUCCAGACUCAUCUUACCCAAGGCGACCGAGUUGAAGAAAGCUGGACAAAAACGAAAGGCAAACCCUGCCGGCUGUGGGUUAAACGGGGGUCACAGAGAGGAAUACGGCGGAGUACUGUGGCCACCUCAAGAUAACGGUUCACCGGCGACCGAGAAACCUGGCUCCAGGUCCAAUAAUUUCCUGUUCGUUGGUGUCAUGACUGCCCAGAAGUACCUGAGUAGCCGAGCCGUAGCGGCACAUAGGACAUGGGCACAGACAAUUCCAGGUCGCGUGGAGUUCUUCUCCAGCGAGGGCUCUGACACCUCCAUACCCAUUCCCAUAGUGGCUCUGAGGAAUGUGGAUGACUCGUACCCACCACAGAAAAAGUCCUUCAUGAUGCUCAAGUACAUGCAUGACCAUUAUCUGGACAAGUACGAGUGGUUUAUGAGGGCCGAUGACGAUGUCUACAUCAAGAGUGACAGGCUAGAGAGCUUCCUGCGCAGCCUCAACAGUAGCGAGGCCAUCUUCCUGGGCCAAACCGGCAUGGGAGCUCGGGACGAGCUGGGGAAGCUGGCCCUGGAGCCUGGGGAGAACUUCUGCAUGGGGGGCCCGGGGGUUAUCAUGAGCCGCGAGGUCCUCAAGAGGAUGGUGCCCCACAUACGAGAGUGUCUACAGGAGAUGUACACCACCCAUGAGGACGUGGAGGUGGGCCGGUGUGUCAGGAGGUUUGCCGGGGUGCAGUGUGUCUGGUCAUAUGAGAUGCAGCAGCUCUUCUAUGAGAACUAUGAACCAAAUAAGAAGGGCUACAUACGAGAUCUCCACAAUAGCAAGAUCCAUCGAGCCAUCACUCUCCACCCAAACAAGAACCCUCCUUACCAGUAUCGCCUACACAGCUAUAUGCUCAGCCGGAAAAUCGCAGACCUGCGCCACCGAACCAUUCAGCUCCACCGGGAGAUCGUUCAGAUGGGGCGCUACGGAGCAAAUGAGCCGAGUCGAGAGGAUCUCCAGCUUGGCAUGCCGCCUUCAUUUAUGCGCUUCCACCCACGGCAGAGAGAGGAGGUCCUGGAGUGGGAGUUCCUGACAGGGAAGUACCUGUUCUCAUCGUCUGAUGGUCAGCCGCCCCGCCGCGGGAUGGAUUCCUCCCAGAGACAAGCCCUGGAUGACAUCAUCAUGCAAGUGAUGGAGAUGAUCAACGCCAAUGCCAAGACACGGGGACGGGUCAUUGACUUCAAAGAAAUACAGUAUGGCUACCGGAGAGUCAAUCCUUUAUACGGGGCAGAGUAUGUGCUGGAUCUACUGCUGCUGUACAAGAAGCACAAAGGAAAGACAAUGACAGUCCCUGUGAGGAGGCAUGCCUACCUGCAGCAGACCUUUAGCCAGAUACAGUUCAGAGAGGAGGGGGAAAUGGAUGCCAGAGCUCUGGCCAGCCACAUCAACAAGGACUCAGACUCUCUCUCAUUUCUGUCCAAUUCCCUUAAGAUGCUGGUGCCCUUCAAGCUGGCCACCUCUGGCCAGGACCAAAGGGAACCGAAAGAGAAGAAAGUCAACAUCUUGGUACCUCUGUCGGGACGCUAUGACAUCUUUGUGCGCUUCAUGGCCAACUUUGAACGAGUCUGUCUGAUCCCCAACCAGAAUGUCAAGCUGCUGAUCCUGCUUUUCAGCACAGACAACAACACAGAGCGGGUCAAGCAGGUGGAGCUGAUGCGGGAGUAUCACAUGAAGUAUCCCCGGGCCGAGAUGGAGAUAAAACCUGUCACCGGCUCCUUCUCCAGGGCUCUGGCUUUGGAAGUGGGUUCCUUGCACUUCUCUAACGAUUCACUGCUCUUCUACUGUGACGUGGAUCUGCUCUUCACCAGUGACUUUCUCAAGCGUUGUCGGACCAAUACAGCCCUGGGGGAGCAAACCUACUUCCCCAUCAUCUUCAGCCAGUAUGACCCAAAGGUGGUGUACGCUGGGAAGGUCCCUAGUAACAACCACUACGUCUUUACGUCCAAGACAGGUCUGUGGAGAAACUACGGCUUUGGGAUUGUCUGUGUUUACAAGGGAGACUUGGUUCGAGCUGGAGGCUUUGAUACCUCUAUACAGGGGUGGGGAUUGGAGGAUGUGGACCUUUUUAAUAAAUUUGUCCAGUCAGGGAUCAAGUUGUUCAGAAGCACAGACACAGGGAUAGUGCAUGUUCAUCACCCCGUCAUAUGUGACCCCAACCUGGAGGCAAAGCAAUAUAAGAUGUGCCUGGGCUCCAAAGCCUCGUCGCACGGCUCCACCCAGCAGCUGGCUGAGCUCUGGCUGGAGAAGAAUGACCAUGGCUUCAGAAGACUGGCCAGCAAUAACGGCUCAGUUAGGACAGCGUGAGAAAAGCCGGGCUACAGACUAUCAUAAACUGAAAACUGAACCCGGUCUGUGCUCACUGCGUGGUGUUUUCACUACCUAAUUUAUUUUUUACUGAAAUGAAAGAUUUCACAUGGAUAUAUUUUGAAAAUAUGUCUACAGAAACGCCAUGAUAAACAAUUCUUAGAGACCAUCUGGGAAGUUCAUGUUUUGAUUAAUGAUCGGAUGAAUAUCGACCAAAAUUCUUUUGUGAGCCUGAUUACAGCAGAGGCCAGAGGCUCCUUGUUACAUUUUAUCUGUCAGGACAGUGGGAGAAGUGCAGACAGGGGCUAUUAAUGUGUACCUCAAUGAAGUACACCCUCGUGGUCAUUAAAUAUACCAUUUGUCCUGUGUGCAGAAAACAGACUGGUGUCCAGCAGCGCUCCAAACUGAACUCAACUUUUGAUUGUGAAUGUUUACAAAAGACUGAUUGUCAACAUUUCAUCAAUGGAAAAACUCCAAUCACAGCUAUCCCAAUGAUUACUAAUUUCAUUAGAUAUUUUAAUUUACAGUGGUUUUCUUUUCCAUUUGCUUUUAUGGUUUUGGUAAUAUGACACAACACUGUUUUUGUAUUUUUCUUUAUUAUUAUUUUCUGUGAACCCAACUGCUGGAUUUUAUAUCUGCAAUUCAUCUUUUGCUGUCUAAUUUAUUGAAUUUGCAGGCUCCAUUUUCUACUCUCUGACUCUUGAAAUAUGUAUAUUGGAAAGAUUGUAUAACCAUGUCAGUUGUGGGAUGAUAUUUUUUUUUUUUUCUUUUUUUAACUCAUUAUCACCAAAGAGUUCUGCUUUAGGUAUCAUGUUGUGUGCGUGCGUGCGUGCGUGUGUGUGUUUUGUAGGCACAAACAUGAAACUGACUGUAUUAUUGAGAGAACACAAAAGCUUGAUCUAUCCCAGGCCUUUCUGAUGGGUAAAGUGGGAACAAGUCUGGCCUGUAUUCCAGUGGGUUGAAAUGGGAGCAGCACUCUGGUCGGCCAGCUCAAGUCCCACGUUUCUUUUUAUAAAUGACUUUAUUUUAUGUUAAUAUAGAAAGUGUUGUGGCUGGUCCCAGUCUACAGAGGUGUGGCUGCAAUGCUGACCUUAUUGAGCUAUGAUGUGAAAUCCCACAUUGUCUGGUCCUUUUGUUACAGGUUUGAGGGCAGAACAUUUCCUCAUUGGCAGGCCUGAAUCGCUGUCCUGCUCCUGCCUGUGUUGCGCACGGGCAGGUACUGUACGUUGUAGCACUCCGUCGGAUUAAUGCUCCUCUUUUAGCAUUACAAUAUGAAUGGCUGAUUUUAAGACUGUUGUAACAGGAUGAAUGACUGUGUUGUCAUAAUAGUAUUUUUUAAUUUUUUUUUUCUUUCCAACUCUGUCCAACUGGGCAAGGUUUUCUAUUUAAAAAUAAAUAAAAUGGGGGGAAAGGUUCAAAAUC